CAUCAGCUGCUGCCCUCUGCCGAGCUGACGUGGCGAGAGGCGAAAAUGCUUGUGUGUAAACAUUCCUUGAGAUAAAAGUCGUAUUUGAGGUCCAUUUUCACGCCAAAAUGAUAUCUUGGAGGACAUUACUGGUCGUGUUUAACCUGUUCUUCGUUGCUGUGGGUGAUGAACACACACAUACGUACAAAGAUUUAGAAGAGGUGGUACUAUGGAUGAACACAGUAGGGCCAUAUCACAACAGGCAGGAGACCUACUCAUACUUCUCCCUGCCCUUCUGUGUGGGGCCCAAGGAGAAGAUUUCCCACUACCACGAGACACUUGGGGAAGCUCUACAGGGGGUGGAACUCGAAUUCUCAGGGUUGGACAUUGACUUCAAGACUGAUGUGGCUAAAACUGUGUAUUGUGAGGUAGAGCUGGAUGAAGUUCGACUCAAGACUUUUGUUUACGCUGUGAAGAACCACUACUGGUACCAGAUGUACAUCGAUGACCUUCCCAUUUGGGGCAUAGUAGGCGAAAUUGAUGAGGCCAAUGAUGCCUACUACAUCUGGACACACAAGAAGUUUGAUCUGGGCUACAACAGCAACCAGAUUGUGGAUGUGAACCUGACCUCAGAGUCCCGGCAGAAGCUGGAAUUGGGGGCCAAGAUUAAAUUCACCUAUGAGGUCAACUGGAAGAAGUCCGGGGUCAAGUUUGAGGACCGCUUCGACAAGUACCUUGAUCCAAACUUUUUCCAGCAUAGGAUUCACUGGUUCAGCAUUUUCAACUCGUUCAUGAUGGUGAUCUUCCUGGUGGGUCUCGUAUCCAUGAUCCUCAUGCGUACGCUGCGUAAGGACUAUGCACGCUACUCCAAAGAUGAGGAAAUGGACGACAUGGAGCGAGACCUGGGUGACGAAUACGGCUGGAAGCAAGUCCAUGGAGAUGUGUUCCGCCCUCCUUCUCACCCCAUGCUCUUCUCGGCGCUUGUGGGCUCGGGCUACCAGAUGCUCACCGUCACCUUCCUCGUCAUCCUCCUGGCCAUUGUUGGUGAACUGUACACAGAACGAGGCUCUAUGGUCAGCAUUGCCAUCUUCAUCUAUGCUGCCACAUCACCUGUAAAUGGCUACUUUGGAGGCUCGUUAUAUGCACGAAUGGGAGGGAAAGUUUGGAUUCGACAGAUGAUGAUGUCGGCAUUCAUGCUGCCAGCCCUUGUAUGUGGCACUGCUUUCUUCAUCAACUUCAUUGCUAUCUACUACCAUGCCUCUAGAGCCAUUGCCUUCACUAUCAUGCUGGCCGUCAUCUGUAUCUGCACUUUCGUCAUCCUCCCCCUCACCCUUGUGGGCACAGUACUGGGCCGAAACCUAGCUGGGCAGCCCAACUACCCCUGCCGCAUCAACGCAGUUCCACGGCCCAUCCCUGAGAAGAAGUGGUUCAUGGAGCCUUUGGUUAUCAUCCCCCUGGGGGGUAUACUACCUUUUGGCUCCAUUUUUAUUGAAAUCUUCAGGAUGUAUGGCUUCUUCCAGACCAGUUUUUAUUUUGGCUACAUGGCCCUGUUCAGCGUCACCCUGGGCAUCAUGUGCGGCACCAUCGGCUAUGUAGGCACCAGCAAGUUUGUGCGGAAGAUAUAUUCCACCGUUAAGAUAGAUUAAAGCAGGAGACUUGUGCGGUUGGUCGGUUUGUGACAGACAACAGACUACUGCUUCAUAAGGACAGACAAUAGCAUAUCUUUGAAAAAGGCACAGUAGUAUUCCCCAUACAUACUUGAAAGAAUUCCAGAUACCUGAAAAAAAAGUUUGGAAAAAAAAGUACCACACUUGAAAAAGAAAAGAUUGGAAAAAGCCAUGUGCCACACUGGUGUGAGGUGAGCCACUAGGAAAAUAAUCCCUUGAGGGGGUCGAGUCUAGCACAAAAACUUACUACACGAUCUGUGGCCUCAUCUGUUAAGUCACCCGUGACACUGCGGAGAGGUUCUCUCCCCCCUUUACAAUGGCAACGCCCAGAUGUGAUAUUGAGAAUGUAGUGUAGACAGAAAGUGUGUUUAUCUUGGAUCCUUUUAGAGAGAGAGAGAGAGAGAGAGAGAGAGAGAGAAAAUUCCUUCAGCCUUAGGAGUCUGUUAACCUGUUAGUCUCAGACAAUUUUUUAUAUAGAAUACCCGCUACUGCAGCAAGUGACAUUGAGUUGAAGGAGGAUUCUUCUCCCUCCUCCCCUAGACACAUGCGCAUCCUUUGGCGAGACAAUAUUGCGAAGAGGAGGAGAUAUUGCGUGAACUCCCCUAGAAGGCGUCCAGCAAGUGUAUGAACAUGGCUAGUUUGUAGAUUGACGUCCAGUUAUAUGGGUAUUUUGAUUCCUUGUUUUCUUCUUUUCUCUUGCUUUCUUUUCUCUAUUUUUGUUUUUAUUGAUUAGAAGAUACAUUCAAUUACUAUUGAUAGUGUGGACUAUAUUAGGAUCUUGAUAUUUUUUUUUUUUUUUUUUUUUUAUAUACACUUUUAAACAUUGAAAUAUAAUUAAUGAUAAAAAAAUAAUAAUCACUUGUUAUUUAUAACAUGGCAGGUACUAAAUGGAAAUCUUGUUAGAAAUAUAGGAAGGAAUAGUGGGGGAGAAAUUUAUUGCCAUGGUUAAGUUUUAUAUACUGUUUACAUAGAUAUAUUUAAUUUUAUGUGUGGCAUUAAUUAAUAAAGAGCCACUUCUCCUUAUUUAUUUGACAGAUGAUCAGUGACAUUGCUUUACCAGUGCUUAAGUUAUAAAAGUUUGAAGCAAAACUUGUGUGUGUGUUUGUGCAUCGGCUGUUGGUAACUGGUUGUAGAUUAUUUCUUUUUACAAAUUAAAAAACGAAAAAUAAAAAAGUUUACCACAUUUCUGAUCAGUGUGUCUCUCUCUGCAACAAACUGUUUAAAGACAUUUUUCUAUUUUUUUUUUCUCUCUCUUUAUUUAUAUAUACCUAAUAGAUAUAUAUUUCUUGUUUAUAAAGAGCAAACUUUACAUCUUGUGCAUUUUUUUCCCCUCCCCCUCCCCUGAGUGAAAGUUUCUGAAUUAUACUGGAAUGGAUCUGCACGGGCAUCGGAGAAGGGUUGUGUUUUUACGCCCGGAAGUUUUAUUGAAGUGUUAUGUCCUUUUGAGAUAGUGCUAUAACCCCAGAAAUUCAAGUUUUGUAGGUAAAUUGGUAAAAUUAUUAGUGUGUUGUUGUUGUUUUUUUUUAUUUGAAAAUGUUCUAGUUUUUGUUCUUUUUUUUUUUUUUUUUUUUUUUAUAACCUGUUUUAGAAUGAUGUAUAUUUAUUUCUAUGAUUUAUUUUUAGAUGUUUUGUCAGCACAAAUACUUGCUGCAUUCCCAGGCAACAUAUUUUUCUCUAUGCUGUUGUACAUAUAAGUAUAUAUCACAUCAAAGAUGCCUUCCUUUCGAGAGCGGAACAUUGGGCUCUUUUUUUGUGAUUAGUGUCGGGGUUGAAAAUGCAGUGAAGAGGAGAGCCAACGAAGAUGUGGUUCUGAGAAUGCUGUGUUGUGCAAAGUGCCAGCACACACCACAGUCACUGUAUCCCUGGCCCAUAGUUUUGAUAACUAGAUUAAUAUAUAUGCAGAUUAAUUCCGUGGUUUUUGCCUACCCCUCUUGUAUCUUGUGUGGCUUUACUCGCGGAGAUGAUUGGAAAUCAUUCAUAUUCAGGUUCAUAAUACAGUUUGUAUGUCAAGUGGGUAACCUGCAACUCCUCUUUCCUUCCCCCAACACCAUCCUUUCCACCUGAGAAUGCCUGUGCUAAGAAUCAAAUUGAUUCUCUUAAGGCAAGAAAAUAUUCUUCACUUUAAUGAAAAAGUGAGUGAUAAUGUGUUUGGGUGGUGUUUUAGCAAUAGCAAAUGAUGAUGAUGAUGAGGGAUGCUUUGCUCCCAAUGUGCUUAAUUGUGAUGAGUAUUCAUACAGUAAUUAUUUUCUUUUGCAUAUUAAAAUAUUUUUGAGAGAAAAGAAAAGGUUCCCUCCUCACCCCAACCCACCCAUCAUGUUGAACAAAAGGAGUGAUUGGUUGACAGAAUGAUUGCCAUUUUUCCUUUUUUCAUACCAUAUUCUCUGUAAAACUGAUUGAAAUUGGAGUGAACUACUUCUUCAAUUCUUCCAUACGUUUCAAUGUGACUUGCUCUCCUUUUUCAUGUGUUCAUCUCAUCUGGCAGUUUUGAUUCUGUGUGCAAGUUAAGCUAACAUAAGAUUCUUAUACAGACAAUGUAUGUGCUGAAUAAAUCAUUCCAGUAA